AAUCCAUAAUCAUGGUUAUAUUCAGGGAGAUUUGACUUUCUUUACAGAAUAUUUUUUUCAUGCAAAGUUGCAGGAAAGAUCUCCCUCUGACUGCUGAUCUUGUUUCCAUGGAAACGACACCAUAAACGCUGUGGCUAACUCACUCAGUGACGUUCACUUGUCCCCAGCCCAAACUGUUAAACGGAGAGCAGGAUGUCGGAGGGAGAGGAGGCCGGGGCGCUGUCGGAGGGAGAGGAGGCCGGGGCGCUGUCGGAGGGAGAGGAGGCCACGGCGCUGUCGGAGGGAGAGGAGGCCACGGCGCUGUCGGAGGGAGAGGAGGCCGCGAAUGAGGAUGGACAGGAGGAAAAUAUGUCAGAAAAAGAGGACCAGAUCGAGCCAUGCCCUCUGACCAAGGAGAUUCUGAUCCCCGGUUUGUCUCUUUUGUGUCGUACCGGGAACGGCCUGGCACACGCCUUCGUUAAGCUCCAACUGGAAAACAGACGUCUGACAGACAUGACCCUGGUCAGCUCGUUUGUCCACCUGCGUUUCCUGGACGUGUCAUCCAACCACCUCUCUGACCUUUCACCCCUGGCUGCCCUCACACAGCUGCUGUGGCUGAAGGGCGAUGGUAACAUGGUGGCCGGGUUCAGAGGUCAGCCCCUGGGUCAGCUGACAUACCUACAGUGGCUGAGUCUGGCCCUGAACCGCCUCAAAGACCUGGAAGGCCUAGAAGGCCUCGGCCUAGAGAGCCUCAACCUCAUUGGUAACGGUAUCCAGAGGGUGUCGGGGCUACGGUACCAUCACCUGACCAACCUGGUGACUCUGGAACUGAGAGGAAACAAACUGGAGACCACCGACGGGAUAUACCUACCCAACCUCCGACGCCUCUACCUGGCCCAGAAUACUAUCAAGCGCCUGGAGGGUCUGGGUAAGCUGGAGCGUCUGACCACCCUGCACCUCCGAGACAACCAACUGGAGACUCUAGAUGGCAUCAGUCCCAACAUGAAGUCCCUGCAGUACCUCAACAUCAGGGGUAACCUGGUGUCUGCCCAGCGUGCCUUGCGUAGUCUGGUGGGCGUAUCCAGGACAUUGCGAGCGCUGGUCCUAGCGGAAAACCCUCUCGUGGAGACGGAGGACUACCGUCUGUGUGUCCUGAGCCGCCUGCCGUUGCUGGAGCGCCUCGACAAGGAACCCAUCUCUCCUGAGGAGAAGUCUGAGGCCCAGGAGAAACUCAGGGAGUUUAAUGAUGAGGUGUCUGUUGUUCCCUCUGUCUGUCUCUAUAGGAGUUUAAUGAUGAGGUGUCUGUUGUUCCCUCUGUCUGUCUCUAUAGGAGUUUAAUGAUGAGGUGUCUGUUGUUCCCUCUGUCUGUCUCUAUAGGAGUUUAAUGAUGAGGUGUCUGUUGUUCCCUCUGUCUGUCUCUAUAGGAGUUUAAUGAUGAGGUGUCUGUUGUUCCCUCUGUCUGUCUCUAUAGGAGUUUAAUGAUGAGGUGUCUGUUGUUCCCUCUGUCUGUCUCUAUAGGAGUUUAAUGAUGAGGUGUCUGUUGUUCCCUCUGUCUGUCUCUAUAGGAGUUUAAUGAUGAGGUGUCUGUUGUUCCCUCUGUCUGUCUCUAUAGGAGUUUAAUGAUGAGGUGUCUGUUGUUCCCUCUGUCUGUCUCUAUAGGAGUUUAAUGAUGAGGUGUCUGUUGUUCCCUCUGUCUGUCUCUAUAGGAGUUUAAUGAUGAGGUGUCUGUUGUUCCCUCUGUCUGUCUCUAUAGGAGUUUAAUGAUGAGGUGUCUGUUGUUCCCUCUGUCUGUCUCUAUAGGAGUUUAAUGAUGAGGUGUCUGUUGGGGCAGAGGAAUACUAACUCACCAUCACUCAGUGUCUCCUCUCCCAGUCACUCUUCUCCCAGUCACUCCUCUCCCAGUCACUCCUCUCCCAGUCACUCCUCUCCCAGUCACUCCUCUCCCAGUGACUUCUCUCCCAGUCACUCCUCUCCCAGUCACUCCUCUCCCAGUGACUCCUCUUCCAGUCACCCCUCUCCCAGUGACUCCUCUCCCAGUGACUCCUCUCCCAGUCACUCCUCUCCCAAUGACUCCUCUCCCAGUGACUCCUCUCCCAGUCACCCUUCUCCCAAUGACUCCUCUCCCAGUCACCCCUCUCCCAGUGACCCCUCUCCCAGUCACCCCUCUCCCAGUGACUCCUCUCCCAGUGACUCCUCUCCCAGUGACUCCUCUCCCAGUCACUCCUCUCCCAGUCACUCCACCAGUCCACAUCGAAGACCUACAUAGAUCCUUGUGUGUGUGAACAAGUUUGUACUAGCUAGUUAAAUGUAUUCCUGGUAUAUUAACCAAUGAAGAUUGUGUUUAUAGACAACUAGAGACGCUCUAUUUUCAAAACAAUAAACAUUUAUUGAUUGGUAAAAAUGUA